AUGUCGGGGCCGGGCGGGCCGGGCCCCGGCGCGGGGAAGCUGGACAUCAACCGCGCCGGCGUGGCCGAGCUGCAGGCAGCGCUCCGCGGCAUCGGCCGCCGCCGCGCCCGCGGCAUCGUGCGCAAGAGAGAGGAGCUGAAGGGCUUCAGCUCCCUGGAGGACCUGCUGCAGGUCAAGGGCAUCACCACCCGCAUCCUGGAGCUGAACAGCCAGAGGAUGACGUGCCGGGGGCGGCGGCGCAGCCAGGACAGCACCCCGGGGGACGGGGGCACCGGGGCCCAG